CAGCUGGAGGCUUCACAAUAUCGCUGUCUGGUCCAAUUUCGUUCCUGUGUUUACGAUGUUUUCCAGUUCAGUCCGUGCUUGUGCGCCCACGUCCAUGCAAUGCGAGACGCCCGCAAACGUUGCGAGGAAUGAGUAAUGCACCGCCGGCUUUGAACGUAUUUUGAAGUGCAGUCCAUUACCUAGUAAAUCCACGUUCAGCUCUCCCACGAAGAUGGGAUCCCUGUUCGACGGCUACGAACAGCAGUAUUCAACGCUCACUGCUGAUAUCACUGCUCAAAUUGGUAUUUUGGGCACAUCUACCACAAAAGACCGAAGACAGCUUAUAUCAGACAUUGAGAAACAUGUGGAAGAAGCUCAGGAAUUGCUUGAACAAAUGGAUCUUGAGGUGAGAGAGGUUGACACUAACAAGAGACAGCGCUGCAGGACCAAGCUGGACUGCUACAGGGCAGAGCUAAAACGUCUAACUCUAGAAUACAUCAAAGCUAGGUCCAUCAAGCAGGUGGGGUAUGAGUCCGCUGAAGAUUUGAACGACGUGAGGAUUGCCAGUGACCAAAAGCAGCGUCUGCUGGAAAAUUCCGAGCGCAUUGAGCGGACUGGUAAGCGUCUGGAGGAGGGCUAUCGCGUUGCCCUGGAAACGCAAGAAAUCGGUAAUAAAGUCCUACAUGAUUUGCACGGCCAACGUGAGACGAUACAACGAUCUAGAAAUAGAUUACGGGAAACAAACGAAGAUCUGAGCCGAUCUUCGCGAAUCAUGAACUCAAUGCUCAUGCGUGCCAUUCAACAGCGAAUCGUCCUGUACACAGUGGGUGCCUGUUUCGUAAUAACGUUCAUUGUAGGAUUGUACCUCGGCUUCAACAAAUAAGUGCCAGCCUGACAACGUGAUCGCCAAUGGGAAGAAAUGUACAAAUUAGACUUAGUCAAAGACGUGCGUCUCGAGGUGCGGCUCGGGACGUUAUGGCAGCUGGGAUUAUUUGAACCAAAGAUGAGUCACACUAAAUUUAAAUAUUUUUGAUUCAAUCAAAUCACGAUUAGCAUUGUUGAGAGAUUCAAACAAAAGCAACUUGAGCAAAAUAGGGCAAUACAUUGCAAUUCACGCCAAUAGUUAAGGGUUAAGCCAACCAGUAAUAAUGGAAUUGCAACCAAUGAUAUUCAGGUGCUUAAAGUUAUCAGUUAGCUGCGUUUAUUUGCGUACCAUUUGUAUGGCAAUCAUUCAUUUGAUUUACUUAUUAUUAGUAUUUAUUUAGUAAGCAAAAGGUGGUAUUACUGUGUUACUUUGGACUGACUAUAUAUUUAUUCACGUUGAUUGUUCUAGCGCGCGAUUAAUAAUGUAAAAACGGAAACCGAGUAACAAUAUUCUAAGCUAAGCGAGUGUUACUGUAAAAGUGGCGAAAACAAAAGAAGCGAUAUAAAUACUAUGAGAAAUAAACACAUUCCAUUUCCUGUUA